GCCUACUACGAUGACUAGCUCUCAUCGCCGAAGAAAUUUGCGUGCGUUUGCGCGCGUGUGUGUGUGUGUGUGUGAUGGCGGCGGCGGCGACUGUUUGUCAUUGUCACUGUGGUAUAGUGUGGUGUGGCACAAGUGUCAUCAUCGCUCAGUGUCAUCACGCGUGAGACACGGUCGACUCUGUCGCCAUUUUAAUGAUGAUGGAGGCGGUUUUGUCGUCCGCACCACCACCAGCGCCAUCUCGGAGAGGCACCUGAAACGAACCGACGGCUGUUGGUGUUGUUGCUGCUAUUGUUAUGCGUUCCGGUUGUGUUGGAUGAGUCGUUUUGGCGGUUGUUGGAAUGUACAACGCGGCGGAACCAUCGCGAUGGGAGCAAAAAUGUCUCGCCGAAAUGGGCGUAGAGCGGCCACGGCUACUCGGGACGACGAUAUGCGGUCGGGAGGGACGGAACUUGACCGGGUUGCGAGUAGCGGACGGGUCAAUGCUAAGCCGGAGGUUCCGGGACCGGAUCUGCCGGUUGUCGAACAAAAUUUGAAUGAAAUUUCUUUUGAAAAUUCUGACAAUCCGGCAGAUUUGGUUCUGGAAUCACCGCCGGUAAAUGAUAUUUCAUUAAAUAACUGUUUGGACAUGGCUGCGGCGGAUUCCAUCUCGGAACCGCCUGCAGAUGUAAAUUUUUCUUUACAGGUUGUGACGACGACAUUCGAGGAGGUGGUUCCAAUGCCGGAUCCACCGAUAGAGGAGCAAAAUUUGAUUAAUAACGAUUUGGAAAUUUCCGAAAAAUCGGUGGAUCCGGCAUCGGAGCCACCGAAGACCGACGACGACUCAAACACGCUUUCGAUUCCAACAGCGGCGGUGGUUUCCACCGUGGAACCGCCCGCUGACCUAAAUUCAUGUAAACUUGAAAUAUUUCUUUCAGAUGACAAUCCGGAACCUCUUCCGGAACAUACGGAACUAAAUUUAGAAAUUAUUUCUUCCAAAAUUUUAGAUGAUCCCGGACAAUGUUCCCACUCCGUUUCGGUCGAAAUUCCUCCGGAAGUGGUUCCGGAGCCACCACCAAAUCCCAAAUCUGACACAACAUAUUUUUGGUGCUACGUCUGUCAAAAUUCAGGUACAAACACAUUGCCAUGGUUGCUUCGAUUGAAGUAUUCCAAGCAGGAAGGUGCUGUGUCCUAUCCCUCGCCUAGACCAGACCAAAAUCCAUGAUAAAACUGACAGACCAAAUCUGUCAGACC